UCUUGGCUGAUGGGAGGGUGUGUGGAAGUUAUUGCUGGGUAAAACUCCAUUUCCCAGAAUGCCUCUUGCUCUCCUUUUCUUCCCCAUUGUGUUUCCCGUCUCGCGGGCUUUGUUCCGUUAUGGCGGGUCGUUUCGAAAGUGGGAGGCUGGUCGUUUUCCCGUCAGCUCCCAAGCGCUUUAAAUCGCGAAGAGAAGCCAAGACGACUCAAGGAACAUGACAUCUCCAGCAGAACCGCAGGCUCACUUCCCGUGGCGCUGGAUGGCCAGCAGUUCUCGGGCUGGGGUGAUUCUGAACGCCUCCCCAGGAGAAGUGGAGUCUGUCAGGAGCAGCUGGGGCUCUCCGGGUAUGGACGUGUCUUUAGAGGACUCCUUCAACGGCCAGUUCGCUCCUUUACCCGUGUCCCGCAGUGCUAGCAGCCUGAGUGUGGACUCCAUCUGUCCCUCAUCCUCCAUCCAGGUCUCUGCGCCCCUCAGCAGGGAAGUAAACAUGGCUCUCCCUGCUGCGAGAAACCCCCAAGCACUCAUCAACCGACUCCAGGAAUUGAAGCAGCUGCAGCAGUGCAUGCAGGAGCAAUUAAAAGCCCACCAGCAGGAGCAGCUUCAAAAACUGCAGAAUGAACAAUCAAGGCUUUUGGGAAUGGUCCAGACUCCUACAGAGUUUGGCAAUAUGAAGCAGCCGUGCCUAAAAACUGCUGAGCAGUCGGGAUUGAAGCCCUCACACACAAGGCAGAGAGUUUUACCAGUUCGACUCGAACACCAUCCACCCGAAGAAGUGGAAAGGACAUUCGGUAAAGCACCAAACAUGUGGAAUCAAGAGCCCAGUGUGGACCAGGCAAGCUCUGGCCAUCUCAGUGAUGAAGAUUAUGAUCAUGAAGAAGAAUCGCUGCAUCGUGAGGACCAAAGCGUGUCCCAUAGAGACGGCGAAAACGAAGUGCACGACAGGCCGAUCAGAACGGGUGGCAGCGCCAAGACGUUUGAGGAGAUGCUGGAAGAGCAGCUCACGCUGGAGAAUGAGAAGAUAAACAAGAUAUCUGGUGCUCCCCCUGAUGCAGCAAAAGUGAAGCGACCAUUUUUAAAGCGAGGGGAAGGUUUGGCUCGUUUCUCGAGAGGCAAAACCACCGGAUCAUUUAGAGACAAGGCAGCAGGUUCAGACACCAAAACAGCACCAGGCAUCAAUCCUUCAUCCUAUAAAGGCCCAACCCUCAGAUCCCAGCAGGGCUCGGAACCAAAACCAACUUCUCCAAAAUCCAUAAACCCUGUAACACAGCGCAAGACUGCCGUCCUGACCAAAAACAACCUUCUGCAGAAGACUUCAGUACCAGCAGCCAAGGCUCUUGCAAAAGCACCCGGAGGCCAGCAGAAUCUCAAAACAGAAGCGAAAAAUGCAAGCUCUGCACCCGUCCAACACCGCAGUACGAAUGAUAAGCUAGGUCAGAAACUUCUCUCGGAUUUCCUGGUUGAUUUCAGCAAGGGGGCGUCGAGACCGAUUCAGUACACGGAUAAGCAAUGUGCAGAGAACUCGUUUGAGGUGUGGCUGCAAGAGCGAGGUGAACACUGGGAAAGAUCUCAGCAUCGUGAGUGUGUGGAGCUGGGCGAGUUUGAGCUGCUAGAGCGAGCGGCAGACGAGCUCUCGUUUUCCAGUAACUCGUCUUUCAUCAACACACUUUUGCGGCGGGACGGCAGACGCCUGUCCUCGACUCCUGUCAAAUCGCCACCUAAAUCUUCCCUCCCUGCACGUGGUCUCGACGAGGCUACCGGCUUCAGCGAGGCUCACGGUUCACCAGGACCACCUGUAGACGGCGUGGCAGCGCUGGAAGGGGACGGACAACCGGAUGAAGUGUCGACCGAGUGUUCCGGAGAUGAAGAUGCGGAAGAGUCGGAUUCCUCACUGUGUAGCAACACGGUUUUUCACCAGCCGGCUGUAGAGCCACACCAACAGGAAGCGUUCGCCUUUCAGAUUUCAGUGCCGGCCUACGAUAAGCGAACUUAUCAAGACGGAGACGGCAGUAUCGAAGACGAAGAGGAGAGCCAGAGAGAUUCGACUCUGGUGGAUGUGAGAGGCCAGGUUGAGUUUGAUGACGAUGACACGUGGAACGAGCCGGAGAACUCCACUUGCAGUGGACGGUUCACCCAAAAGGGGACUGACGAGGAAGAUCGCGCCUCAAAGGGACUGGAGCUCAAACGCCGCUCUAACAGCCCAUUAGGCUGCGAGCCAGAACCACCACCAACAUGCCAGUUGGUAGCAAAGCUGUUUCCAGCUCUGAAGCCGAAAAAAUGUCCUCCCCCUCCACCAGAACCACCAGAUUCAGAUGGGCACAGUGAAGAAGGAGCAGCCAGGUCGACGUUACUUCGUGAACGCUUGGUCGAACUGGAGACUGAAAUCGAGCGCUUCAGGAAAGAAAACGCAGCUCUCGGACGACUCAGACAGGAAAACCAGAAGAUUCAAGAGAACCUGCGGAAGGAGAGAGCAGAGUUUCAGCAAAACAUGGCGGCUGAACUCGCAAAAUGGGAGGAGUUCAAACGCGAGGAAAGCCGGAAGCUCCAACGCGAGAAGAAGCUGUUUGAGAAGCAUGCGUCAGCUGCGAGGGCAAGACCCGACAAACAGGAACGCGACGAGAUCCAGUCUCUAAAACAGCAGCUAAACACUCUGCAGGAGGAUUUAAGAAAGCGAGAGGCCCGAUGGAGCAGCACCCAUAGUCGUCUCAGGCUGCAAACGGAUGCCCUCAGCACAGAGAAUGCAACUCUGAGAGACCAAGUCCGGACACUAGAAAAACUUCGCCUGAGUACCUGGAAAAACGCAGAGUCUGAGCGGGAGAGAGAGAGAGGGAGGCCCAGUGCAUCCAGCAAUAGCAGUAACACAAGGACAACAAAAUCCAAGAACCCCACUGUUAGCAUUAAGAGCAGCCCACCUGAGAACAAGAAGGCGGAAAGCACAGAAGUCCAGAACCCUUCCAAAAUCCCUGCCAAGUCUUCAAGCACCAUAUACCCUAAAGACUGGCAGAGGCAGAGCUCAGUGGAAGAUCCACAUCGCAUUCCAGACCAUUUCAUCGUAUCCGAGGGCAAAAGCCAUGAAGCUCAUCUAACCACAAACUCCACCGACUCCGUAUUGGACGUGGAUACUCCAGAAGACAUCACAGAGAACACUGAACUCGAGCUUGAAGAUUCUAUACACAUGGAUGGCAAGAUUGAGAAGAUGCUUCCCGAUGGAGGACGACUUACGAUUUUCCCCAACGGCACAAGGAAGGAAGUGUCUGCCGACGGAUUGUCCGUCAGAGUCACUUUUUUCAAUGGAGACAUCAAGCACGUAAUGCCAGAUCAAAGAGUGAUUUAUUAUUACGCAGAAGCUCAAACCACACACACCACCUACCCCGAUGGUAUGGAAGUGCUCCAGUUCCCAAACAACCAGAUAGAAAAACACUUCGUAGACGGUCAUAAGGAGAUCACUUUUCCCGAUCAGACUGUUAAGACCCUCUAUCCUGACGGGAGAGAGGAGAGCGUGCUCGUAGACGGCACAAUAAUACAGCAGAACCCGGAUGGCACUAAGCAGAUCCAGUUCAACACGGGUCAGAGAGAGCUCCACACUGCAGAAUUCAAGAGACGGGAAUACCCGGACGGCACGGUCAAAACCGUUUACUCAGACGGACGACAGGAGACACGUUAUCCCACCGGACGCGUGAGGCUCAAAAACCCCGAAGGACACGUCAUCAUGGACACCAGAGCCUAAGAGAAACUGUUUUACUUCAACACUAUAAGUUUGGUUUUGGGCGAAAAGGAAAUCAUUUUGUAAAUCCAGAAAAAGAA